CUGCCAUCGAAGGCUGACGAACAACAAUAAAGCUUGAUGCCACUAGGGUUAAGCGUUUAGAAACAUUUUCCCUAAAGGAGAGGAUUGAUGAAAAAAGUCUCUCCUUCGAAGAGGAGGAAAGAAGAAUUGGUCUCUCAAUAUAUGAGGAAGAACAUCUCAUAUAUGAGGAAAGUUUCUCCAAAAAAGGAGAAAAAUCUCUCCAAAUUGUAGGAAAGUAACAAAGAAGACUCGUUAAAAUCACAAAGAUAACCGGUAAAAGUAAUAGAAGCAAAGAGCAAACGUUACCAUGACAUGACUCAUGGUCCAAAUAUAAUGGGUCUCGAGGUACAAAGGAAGCCAUAAACAUUGGCCCAGCUCAAAAAUCAUGACGGCACGAUUGGUGAGCAUAGCAGCAAACAAGCCAUCGCCGGAAAAGAUAGGCAAGAAGGCGGAGCCAGGCAUGGAGGUGGUGGGCACAUCUUCAAUCUCUGGGAUACUCAUCGGAGAAGGAGGUAAAAGGACCAAAAAAGUGACAGCUAUAGAUCUCGGAGGAAUAUGGGUGAUGGGUGGUGGUGGCAAUGAAUCUGGCAGAUCCGGUGGGUCUGGAGGCUCCGGUGGACGAGUCAAGUUGGACGGCUCCAGAAAAAAGUGACAAAGGAAAGUUAGAGAACUACAACUUGGACAGGAGAAAAGACAUCACAGUAGAGCAAAACACCAUGGAACAACAAUUGAAACAAGAGAACAGAUCUCAUCGGCGGCAAUUAUUAUAUUUCGAGUCACUUCUUCAGAUAAUAAAAUAAAAAUAUUAACUUUGAAAGCGAUGUAUAAUACUUUUUCUCCCAUUCUGGUUAUAUUUUAUUUCGCUUCUCUUCAUUUUUUUUUACAUAUUUGUAUUAUUUCAUAACCAUUAAUUUUUUUGUAUUAU